AUGAAAUGUUGCUGCUCCAACUGCGGCCUGAAGUGCGUGCCCCCGGAGAAAGUCAGAGCCGGCCGCUGUCCGGACAUAAAGGCAAAGUGCCGUCCAGAGCCCACCUAUAACUGCACCACAGACAGUGACUGCCUCGGAAGUCAGAAGUGCUGCAGUAUAUGCGGGAGGACCUGCUGGGACCCGGCGCCAGAGCCACUGGGGAUUUGUCCCAGGAAUGAUGCCGGUCAAUCUGGCUCCCUCCAGUGUCAUUCUGCACAAUGCAGCCGGGAUUCAGACUGCAAGAUGAACGAAAAAUGCUGCGCAUCCGGAGAUGGACAGACAUGCGUGAAUUCCACCUAAACU